GUUUGUUUCUGGUUCUGUGAGAUGUGUGAUAUAUCACGUGUCAUUUGUUAAAAAUCACGUGAAGUAAAUAAUGAACAUUAACCUAACUUUUUAGUAAACAGUCUUUAAGUGCUCGAAAACUUAGAAAAUGUCUCAGAAAAUUCAUAUUCGCAGUGCAUCAGCUUCAAAUAGAGUGAGGCCCCUGGCUGCUACUCAAAAGUAUCAUCGGAUAUUCACACCAGGAGAAGAAGUAAUAAAAGCAGCUCAAACACACUUCGUAAGGGGACAUGGGACCUAUGAAGAAGGUGGCGAUUUGAAAGCCUCCGUAGCUGGUGUUAAAGAACAAGUAAAUAAACUUGUAUCAGUGCGACCAUUAAAAAGUCGUUACAAUGGACAAGUCGGAGAAGUGUUAGUAGGUCGUAUACUUGAAGUGCAACAAAAAAGAUGGAAAGUAGACACCAAUUCAAGGCUUGAUUCAGCUUUAUUGCUGUCUUCAGUAAAUUUGCCCGGAGGGGAAUUGAGGAGGAGGUCAGCCGAAGACCAACACAUGAUGAGAGAGUACUUGCAGGAAGGCGAUUUAAUUAGUGCUGAAGUUCAAAGUGUUUUUACAGAUGGAACACUAUCGCUUCACACUAGGAGUUUAAAAUAUGGCAAAUUAGGGCAAGGAAUUUUGAUCAAGGUUUUUCCCUCAUUAGUAAAAAAAUGCAAAUUACACUUCUGCACUUUGCCAUUUGGUGUGAGUUUAAUUUUGGGAAACAACGGCUAUAUUUGGAUUAGCCCCACAUCAAAUAAUGUGGAAGGCGAUGAAGGAGGUUUUAUUCAAAAUCUUGAAGAAGUGAUUCCAAAAGACAUUCGAGAAGCAAUGGCAAGAGUGAGAAAUAGUAUUUUAGCUCUCGCUCAAAAUUACAUGAUGCUCUUUGAUACCAGCAUCAUAUUCGCCUAUGAAGAAUCACUGAAAUAUUCCGUCCAUGAACUUCUUUUGCCGGAAACUAUGGUGGAUUUAGCAGUAUUGACUCAACAGAAGCUAAGUAUGAUGGAAGACUAUGAAUUUAUCAAUUAAGGGAAUAUAUUUGGAGUUAGUUCUAUUUUGUUAUAAAUGUUGUCAAGUGGCUAUAAAUUAAAUUAAUUUUACAUUGUUUGUACAAAAACGUUGUUUUUGUAUUUGACCGCAAGACAGUUUAAUUAAGACGGCAUUUCAAAAUCUACUCACGUUUCAUUGACCGCUUGUUUCUCCUCAUGCACAUUGUAGGAAAUAAUGGAAUAAAGAAGUUAAAAGCAUA